UAGGAAAUCUCAUUAACCACUCGCUUUUCGCCAAAAUCACGUGGAGCUGAAACGGUUUAAUCCCGUGUCCUCGGUCUGAGAGCACCGAGAGUGGGAGAGAGACAGAGAGGGAGAGGGGUCUGAGAGCACCGACAGAGGGAGAGAGAGUGAGAGGAGAGAGAGAGUCUGAGAGCAUCGAGAGAGCGAGAGGGUCAGUUAAAUAAAUAGUCAGAGAGAGGGAAAGAGAAGUAGAUAGGGACAGAGACAGAGAACUAGUCAUAGAGAGGGGGAUAAAGAGAGAGAAAGGAAUUGAUGAGAACUCGGAAAGUUUCUUUUGCUGCUUGCCUGUGGGUUUAGCCUGUGUCUCAGUAUGUGCUGUAUUCCGCUGGCUGUGAUCAGGAGGCUGUCUCUGGGAGUUCAGCUCCUCACCUUACUGUCUGUGGCUGCUCACUAUGUGGCUGGGGCACGGAUCAAAUACUCCCACGCUGGGAUUUGUCCCAAUGAGAUGAGUCCCAGCCUCUGGGUAGACGCACAGAGCACCUGCCUCCGGGAGUGUGAGACCGACCAGGACUGUGAAACGUUUGAGAAGUGUUGUCCGAACGUGUGUGGUAUGAAGAGUUGUGUUGCUGCCAGGUACAUGGCUGUUAAAGGGAGGAAGGGCCCAGUUGGGAUGCCUCGGGGAGCCACUUGUGACCGCUUCAUGUGUGUCCAGCAGGGCUCUGAGUGUGACAUCUGGGACGGGCAGCCUGUGUGCAAGUGCAAGGAUCGGUGUGAGAAGGAGCCACACUUUACCUGUGCCUCUGAUGGGUUAACGUACUACAACAAAUGUUACAUGGAUGCUGAGGCAUGUACCAAGGGCAUCACCCUAACUGUGGUCACAUGUACCCACCAGGUGGCCUGGCCACACACUAGCCCCAUGACAAUGCAGACCACUGCCCGGCCCACCACGGCCGACUUGCUCACCACCUCCCAGGACGUGGUGCCACCAGCUUUGCUUUCCAACCCGGUCCACCAGUCCACCUACGUGGGAGGCACAGUCAGCUUCCUCUGCGAUGUCAGUGGCAGACCAAGGCCCGAGGUCACAUGGGAGAAGGAGCUGGAAGGGAGGGAGAACAUCAUCAUGAGGCCCAACCAUGUCAAUGGCAAUGUGGUGGUCACUAACAUUGGCCAGCUGGUCAUUUACAAUGCUCAGCUGCAAGACGCUGGGAUCUACACCUGCACAGCCCGCAAUGCUGGAGGCUUCCUGAGGGCGAAUGUUCCACUCUCAGUGAUCAAACGGGAAGACCUGAUGAGGCAGAACUCUGCCAACACAACUCAGAUCCCAGCGACCGAGUGUCUGAAACAGCCCGACCGUGGCAGCUGUGGAGAGCCUCAGAUCAGAUGGUAUUAUGACCCCAAGAAAAACAACUGCUUCACCUUUAAUUACGGACGCUGCGAUGGGAACAUGAACCACUUUGAGACCUAUGAGGCUUGUAUGUCAACAUGCAUGAAUGAGCCAGUCAAUAUCUGCAAUCUGCCUGCUCUCCAGGGUCCCUGUAAGGUCUGGGAUCCCCGCUGGGCCUACAACAGCCUGAUGAAGCAGUGUCAAUCCUUCAUCUACGGAGGCUGUGGGGGCAAUGAGAACAAUUUUGAAAGCAGGGAGACCUGUGAGGAAAUCUGUCCAUACCCCAGGAGCCAGCAAUGUAAGGUCUGCAAACCACGCUUCAAAAUAGUGACAAGCUAUUGCAAGAGUGACUAUGUGAUAGUUGGCCGCAUGACUGAACUGACAGAAGAUGCAGACUCUGGCCGAGCAUUGUUCACUGUAGACAGAGUCCUGAAGGAUGAGAAGAUGGGGCUUCAGUUCUUUGGCAGUGAGGUCCUGGAGAUCACACUCUUAAACAUGGACUGGAACUGCCCCUGUCCCAACAUGACCACAGAAGAUGGUCCUCUGAUUGUCAUGGGAGAUGUCCACAAUGGGAUGGCUGUUCUCCAGCCCCAUAGUUUUGUGAGGACUGUGAAUGAGAAACGGAUCAAGAAGCUGUUUGAAGUCAAAGAUAAGAAAACCUGUGACCUCUUAAGAGAACUGACUGGACUUCAAUAGGCUGCUAUUUGCAAAGGUUCUUAAGAGAAAAAUGAUUUACAAAAAGCUUUUUUGGAAAAAUCUCACUUUUGACAAACUAAUUAAAUGAGCACUUAAUGUCUUAGAUUUGUAACAGCUUACAACAUGUCUCAGUAGGUCUUUGAUGAUUGAGAAGAUCAUUUCUUACAGAUGGGCCUUGGUAAUAACACAAUGAACUCUCAAUGUUAGCAAUUUAUUAUUCAAAGUAUUUAAAGGUCCUGAAUUCUGCUGGAUUUUCCAAUACUCUGGACAGAAUGAAGGGAGAUGUUUGUUUUCUUAUUGUUGUCUCUUAGUCACCUCUGAGUUACCACGUGAUCUAAAUCAGAAAAUCACAUCAGGCCUCAAGUCUUCAUGAGUCUGAACCUUCUGAUGCACUGGGUCAGUCCUGGGACGGGGAGGGGAUUGGCUGCCCUGAAAUGUCAGAGACUCGCAGCAUCAUUGAAGGUCUGUUCCUUGGCAGCAGCUCAGCUCAAGUGGCUGUGUCUGUGGGUGGGUCUGUCUUGCCCACCUUCCAAAGCUGGGUACUUACCAUCACAGACUGAUCUGGCCAAUUAUACCAAACGUAAAGCCACACUGCACAAUCUGAACUAUAACAAAACAUUACAUUCAUCAGCCCCAGUUUAAGGGCAAGGGAUGGAAGACAAGAAUGGUUAAAGAUGACCAGGAGAGACCUAGAGACAGCAGCUAGUGGCAGAUACCUUCCACCAAAUUCCUGCAGUGGCUUUGCCAGUCAGGUUGGCUCACUCUGCCUUGGAACGUUGUGAAAUAUACAUGACAUCAACAACACCACAGGGCAGGGUACUGGCACUGCAAACAAUUCAGCAAGGCCAGAUACUCGAGGAAGCACUGGUCAGCUUGUAAACUAACAACAGAAUUAUACUUGUCAGUGUUAGAGGGAGUUUUACCCUGUCUCUAACCCUGUGCUGUCCCUGUCCUGGGAGUGUUUGAAGGGGGACAGUGUAGACAGAGCUUUACUCUGUAUCUAAA